CUCUUGUCCUCUUUCUUACAUCACAUCUGGCACUUCACAUUCAGCCUCUGCACCAGCAGGACUGUUCUAUAUUGGAGUCAACAAUUGUAAAUACCUUACAGGUUGUUGCCAGCGGUUACUACAUUCAACAUGGUUUCCUUGAGAGUCGACCUGGAGGAGCUUCUUCAGUGCCCAAUCUGCUUUGACAAACUUGCACAGCCUAAACUGUUGCCCUGCUCUCAUAGGUUUUGUAAAGAGUGUAUUCGACGCGAAAUGGAAAGAUCAGCCACUACUGGUCCUCAAUCUAGCUUUCCCUGUCCACUGUGUAAACGGACAGCGUAUCUGGGGAUGGGAAAAUCCAGCGAGGAAUGGAUAAAUCACUUUGAGACUGAUCACCUGCUUGAGGACAUCCUGGAGAAGUCCGAGCCUUCGGGUGAGACCUUGUGUGCUGAUCAUCAUAGGACAAUCAUGGUUGUGUGUCAUGACUGUCAGAUACUAGGAUGUGUUACAUGUGCCUUGAAUCACCACAGACAAUGUUGUAACGUCGGGUACAUCGAGACUGAACUGGUUCGAAUCAAAUCCGAGCUGUCAAAACAACUUGAAACAUUUGAAAGAGCAAUCAAAGAAAAACUGCAAAUACGAAAUCAUUUACAUAUAAUCUCUGAGAAUGUAGAGUAUCUAACCCAACAACGUUUAAUGUUCAUCAGGUCAAAUAUUCGCCAUCAGACAUACAAAGACGCAUGUGAUGAGGUGAAGCAGGAGCACAGGAGGAGAAUGGAUGCAAUCCAGCACGUGUCUAACAUGUUGACCGAUGUUGAUGUUACGAGAGAGAUGGCAAGUAUCAACGAAGCACUACAAACAUCGACGCUUGAUUUGCUGCAAGGACAGAAAUUACUGAAAGACAACAGAAUGUUGUUAGAAGAAACUGUGGUUCGUGCUUUGAGGAAGAUACCAGGUCUUUUUGCUUUACUGGAACACGUGGAAGAAGAUUUCAUCACUGGGGAGCAUCAAGUGCAUCUGGACUACACAGAAGAAAUACAAAAUAUGGAGAAUCUUCUGAAUGAUGUGUUAGCUGAGCAUAAGAAUCAAUUGAAGAAAGGUUUAAAUACUGAAUAUUGUCCAAUGAUAGAAUUACGCAAACCUAUCAAAUCCACAGCUGAACAUAACAAGGGACAGGCACAAAGUCAGAAAGGAAAACACGGGACUAAGAUGAAGAAAGGGAAGAGGAAGGAAGAGUACACAGGGAAAAUGUACCCACCAGAUUCUUUUGUUGGUGUGAAGGCAGUUCCUAUCAUGAGAACAUAUGUGAACAAUAACAAACAAGCUUACAAAUCAAUGAUCGUGUUUAUAAUCAUAUGUAUCAUUUUAUAUUUGGGGAUAUUAUUCCUGUUUGGGAAAGUUCGAUAACGUUCUCAUGAGCAAUGAUCGACGUCAGCGGCGCACGACGCCACGUUGUCUACCAAGUCACCAAGGAUGACCCACGAUCCAUUAAAGUAAGAGCCACUGUGUAAGAUGGUAAACUCCCUGUAAAAGUCAUGCAAUAGGGUAGCACUGCCGAUCAUGUUGACAAGCAACGUGUCAUAUUUAGUAAAACCUCGUGUAGAAAAAAAAUUGCUUUCAGACAGUAAAACAAGAAACAAGGGUCCCACAACAACGCUACCUCAAAGUAUGGUGGAAAUGUAUUCAUUGCAUGAGUGAGUAAGUAAGUUGGUGUCAACGCCGCUUUUAACAGUAUUCCAGUUAUGUCACAGCGUGUCAGCUUAA